AUGUGCUCCCCAUUUGCGGCACUGUUGGGUUCUGGUACUCGCACUGGUCUGUCAUCAUCUAGCCUACUUCCUGAAAUUCUCCAUCGACUGCAGUCAGAGGAUGAUCUACUUGCAGCCAUUGCAUUGCCAGUACCUGAUGAAGAUGCUGAUCGUGUGACCACUGCAACUGACUCCUCUAUACCUGACCCGGCAAGUCCUCCCAACUCUCCAACUACAUCCGAUGAAGUUACUGUAAACGCUCAAGUAGAACUUGUCUCCUCUUGCCAAGAAGCGAUUCAGAUACAGCGAAAGAGAGCUAAUGAAGCCCAAACUAUGCAAGCUGAACGCAUGGUGAAAAGAAGUAAGCGUAUCUUUGCAGCCAUACAAGUCGGCGGCAAUGUGACUAUACCUAUCCCCCAUGUUGACAGAGGUAGAACUGACCCACGAAAUAUCAUCGGCGUUGUGACUGAAUGUAGUGACAAUGACAUGUACAGUAUUGCUGUGAAAGGUGACACUCUCAGUGGUAAAUAUUCACGCAACCAAACUGAUGUGUGUGCUACCAAGUUGUAUUCUGCAGAUGACUUUAACACGGAGAAAACCAUUUCUCUCCGCCAAGCUGUUCAACUUGACUCUAACUGUGGUGGGCAUGGUUAUACCAAGUGCAACUGUGCAGGUUCUAAGCGUUGUCAAACUAAUCGUUGCCGGUGUUUCAAGGCCAAGAUGCAGUGCAACUCUAGGUGUCACUCGACACUGCCGUGUACAAAUAAAAUCUCCUAA